AGCUGUAAUUCAGUCAUAAACGAUUAUUAUAAAUACUAUCAACUUCUACCAAAAUAGUACACUUGUCUGUGAGUAUCCAACAGAAUGCAUUUCUUCGGUCUACUAGCCCUCUGCAUCGCGGCUGUCUCAGCCGUUCCCGCAAAUCCCCAGAGGAUUGUCGGUGGUUCUCUCGCCACCAUUAACCAGUACCCCUCGAUCGCUGCACUCCUAUACUCAUCAAACUGGAUCACUUACUCGCAGUCUUGCGGGGGCACCAUCCUCAAUAACAGGGCUAUCCUAACCGCUGCUCAUUGUACCAAUGGAGACGCUGCUGGCAGAUGGCGUAUUCGUCUUGGAUCCACUUGGGCUAACAGUGGUGGCAUAGUUCACAACGUUACUCAGAACAUUGUUCACCCCUCAUACAACUCAAGGACCAUGAACAAUGACAUCGCUGUAUUGCGGUCUACCACUUUGUUUACGUUCAACAAUAAUGUUCGCGCUGCUUCUAUCGCAAGCGCAAACUACAAUCUCGCUGAUAACCAGGCUGUUUGGGCUGCUGGAUGGGGCACAACUUUCUCAGGUGCAACUACCGGCUCCGAGCAGCUCCGUCACGUUCAGCUCGUGACUAUCAACCAGAACACUUGCAGAAACAACUACGCUACCCGUGGUUAUACCAUCACGGACAACAUGUUGUGCUCUGGCUGGAUCGGAGGUGGUCGUGACCAGUGCCAGGGAGACUCCGGCGGUCCUCUCUACCACAACGGCAUCGUUGUUGGUGUCUGCUCCUUCGGUAUUGGCUGCGCUGAGGCUCAGUUCCCCGGGGUCAAUGCUCGCGUAUCACGCUACACCGCUUGGAUCUCAUCUAUUGCUUAAGAAAUAGUUUUAAAAUUUAUUUUAAUGACUGAUAGUAUUAUUGUGUGUUCAUAAACAUUGAAAAUUGUAUUUAGAAAUAUAUUUCUGAAAUAUUCA